AAUGAAACACCGUCAAAAGUAGAAACAAAACUCUAAAUUAUAUAAUGUUGAGAAAAUUGUAGGCAGACGAUAUGAUCCUGUUUCAAAAGAAUUAUAAUAUUGCAUUAAAUGGGAAGGUUAUAGUGAAGCAGAAAAUACUUGGGAACCUUUAAGAAAUCUCAAGAAUAUAUAAUCAGAUAUUGAGGAAUUUGAAAAUUAAUAGCGCAAUAAGAAAUAAAACAUAUCUCUCAAAAUUGAUAAAAAAAAACUGAAAUAUUAGCUUCUCAAAAAAUUAACUCAUUUUCUUGAAAAAAUAGCCCCUAAACCAUAAUAAUUAUAAGAAAUAAGUUUAAGCGAUUAUGAGAGCUCAUGCGAGGAAAUUUAACAAAAAAAUAAACAACCAGAAGCCCAGUCUUAAACUAUUCCAGAUCAAUUCAAAGCAAAAUCUUAAAUUUUAACACAAACUUACCAUUGAAAUUCCCAAAUUUGUGAAUCUAAUAUUGAUUAUUGAAAUUAUCCUGC